CACUAAACCACCUCACUACCAUCGACCAACGUCCACCUCUUCCUCCCUCCCUCCCUUCUCCCUUCUCCCUUCCCGCACUAGAGGCUGCGAUAACUCCUCCCCUGGCCAGACAAUGUCUCGCCUCUGCUAGCCGCCCUCUUCGAUCUCCGGAUGCCCUGAUCCCCCCCGAUACCCCCCCGAUACCCCCCGAAUACCCGCUCGCUUACCCUCUCUUGUCUCUCUCUCUCUCUGUGUCUGAUUCCUCCGGACUCUACGCGCCAAGAUGUCCGUCCUCCGCCAUCACGGGGGUGCCUACCUCCAACGGCGCCUCACCAAAAUGUACACCGAUACCAAGACCUCCUGCGAGAGCGUCACCACCGCCACCAUCGCCGUCGAUGAUCCCGAAUUGGUCACCCUGCAUCGAAGCUUCAAGACCCAGCGGGACAGAUUGCUCGCCUGGGGCCUGGACUGGAGCGACGCCAGUGCCGCCCAGCCGAAUGAUAUCGAUGAAUCCUUGACCCAGGCCGGCUACAGCGAUGUCGUCGAGAGUGUCAUGUCCUCCAUCCAAGUGCUGCUCAACGAGGCGGAAAGUAUACAGCACGGCGGUGCCUCCGAUCUGCCGCCGAAGGGCGGGAAUCCAGAUGCCCCCAAGGGCAGUCUCACUAACCUCCCCGUCAAGUCGCACUGGACCAGUGACGAGAUCAGUCGGUCCAAGACCCUUCUAGCCGACCUGGAGGCCUGCAUCGACACUCUUUACGACCUAUCGCGCUCCCGCCGCAAUAUGAAUGCCAGCAUGACCGCUGGCGGGCAGCUGGCGCCUAAGGGCCGAUCUCGGCCUGGCGCGGCCACAGACUACUCCAUAUUGGACUCGAAACCCUCCUUUGACCAGAACCAGUUCGAUCUCGCACCAUCGCCCACCCGCAAUGUGGCCAACCAAGCUCGGCCAGAAAAGAUGCCCUCGGGCAAGUUCUCGCUCACUUUGAAAACAUAUGUCAUUGAUCGCUCUGCACUGCAGCUCUCGGGCUCUUUGCAGGACAACGACCCGCCCCCGUAUGAACAGGUCGCUGCUUCCACUAACUCCCGGGCCAUUGGCCGCAUGAGAACAUCCGCGUCGCCUUUUCUCCACGGCACGAAAGAUUCCACGGCCACUAUCUUGGUCGAAUACACCCCCAUGAUGCUCGAAGCGUCUGGGAACGCCCCGACCCCCGAGACGAAACGGCUUGACCACGUGCAGAAGGCGCUCGAGCAACUGGUUCAGAAUGCGCGAGUCUCCCACCUGGGCCUUUUGAAAUUCCUGGGCUAUUAUAUCGACAUGCCAAACUCUCGCUAUGCUUUCGUGUAUCAGAUGCCUGUCGACUACUUCCCUUUCCUUCUUAACCCCUCCGACCUUUUGAACGGACUGAAGCCAAAGCCUCUGGUCUCUUUGUUCCAAGCUGGCGAUGACUAUCACAUUCCUAAUCUUGAGACUCGUUUCCGCUUGGCCUACGACCUUGUAAUGGCCGUCUUGCAGCUCCGGAGUCAGAAUCUUGUGCACGGAAAUAUCAACAGCAGCAACGUUCUUAUCUUCCCCGGUUCAACGAACUCGAACAGCAACGAAGUCGGACUCACGGAGAACUUGCGCCGGCCAUACUUGACGUCCUUUGCCCAGUUCUCUGGAAACGGACCGUCACCCGAGCCUCUGUCUUCCAGUAUGUAUCGUCACCCUGACGACAAGCGAUCGAUGGAAGAUGAUGCUGCCUGGGCUUAUGACCUUUAUUCACUUGGUCUGGUGCUACUCGAAAUUGGGCUCUGGAAUCCGAUCAGUCGCAUUUGGAAGAUGAAGUACACCAACUCCAUGUUCAAGCAAAGGAUUGAGAAUGUCUACCUGCAGAAACUGGGCCCCAAGUGCGGUAGUGCAUAUCUUCAUGUGGUUCAGCUGUGCUUGGACGCCCCGAACUUUCAUCUUUCAACCCAGCCAUUCGACGACCUCAACCUUCGGGUACCGCAGUCUUUUCACUAUCCAGUCCUCGACCUCUCGGCCCCGGACGGUAUCUUCUCAUUCUCGAUGAACUUCCUCUACACGAUGUCCAAGAUCAUCUGGUCCUGCUGCAGGAUAGACAUGUUCUCUGCCCCAGGUGCUGAGGAGCUGGACGAUUGUCUCCCUCUUGCUCUCGUUCCCGGCCUGGAACCAGCUGCGAUGAAAGAGCCGGUCAGUGAGUACAAGCCUGCGCCAAAACCUGUCAGAUCAUUCCCGGAGCCAUUCGCCACAAUCCCUACGCCCGAAAUGAAAUUACUGCGUGACAAGAUAGGCGUGGACGACCGUCGCGUGCGAAAGCGGACUUGCAAGAAGCUUUCAAACGUGGAGAUACCCCAGGACCAUCUGAACAAGUGGAACUUUCAGAUGCUCCCGCGUCUGAGAAAGCUCCUCCAGAAGAUUCUGAAGGACUCGUCCGAAUCGUGCAGUGUGACACUGAUGAUGACUGGUGACACUGUCGACGACGCCAAGACGACCGUCUGCGUUACCUGCGCAAGCGCGAAAAAGGUCAGGGCGGCUCUGAAAAAGUACUUCGUUCUCGACAGCGAGGAGUGGGAUCUCCUCGUGCUUCGUGGGGAUGUGCAGCGAUCAAAAGUCCCACGAAAGAAACGCCGCCGGCCGGCAAUGACUGAGGGCCAGGGUUCCGACGCACCCCCAUUUGCCCAGCAUGAUCCGAACCCCUGUUACCAGCCACGGCCGCUAUGCGGGGCUUCCAUUGGCGCUUUUAUGAACGAGGAGCAUCUGCCCCCUGUGUCUUACGGUGGCGCUAUCCUGGUAGAUGGCAUGCCGUAUGGCAUGACGGUGCACCAUAUGCUGGAAUCGCCAAGUGAUGAGGAGGAUGCGGAUGACAACGAUACCGGUGGCCCUCUACGGUCUGCUGGGAACUGGCCUCGAGGGACAGCAGCGCCUCCUCAGAACCCAGACUACAUGUAUUCUUGGCGCGAUGAAGGCCAGUCGGACCUUGCCUCGGACCCUGAUCUCGAAUUUGAGGUUUCGGAGGACGAAGACGCCGACGACGUCUCUCUAUCGCCUAGCCUCGAUGGAAAUUUCGACGACUCGUAUCUGUCUGAAGGCUACUCUUCCGAUGAGGACGGAGGGAAUGGAGAUGAUGAUGCUGCGUCGAUAGGCGACACUCCCGGCAUUGACCCUGAGGACGAGCCCCCGUUGUUUGUGUGCCAGCCGGCUAUUGAUGACGUUGACGAGAACUUCUUCCCAUGCCCGGAGGAUCGCGACGACGAACACCUUGCCUCGCAUUCCUUCGGGUACGUGCAUGCAUCGUCGGGCGUUAGGCGCUGGACGCGAAAGGGCCUUCUACACGAGAUCGACUGGGCGUUGAUCAAGAUCAACGACGACCGCAUCGAUGUGCGCAACAUCGUCUACGACAAGUCAGCCCUUAGCAGGCCAGACCCUUACCGGCAAAGACAGACCGAGACGAUAUUCCUCAACAACAUUGCCCGACUCGAAGACCUGGGAGGGAUCAAGGUCCACUGCUGUGGACGAACCAGCGGCCUGCAAACGGGGCAGAUCUCGCGGGCGAUGACUCUCGUCAAACUGCACGGCCGCCAAACCUUCUCGACCAGCUUCUGCGUCGAGGGGAACUUCGGAGUCCCCGGCGACUCCGGAGCAUGGGUCUUCGAAAAGUCCAGCGGCCGCGUGUGCGGCCACGUCCUGGCCUGGUCCGAGAAAACGCACACGGCCUACAUCGCCCCCAUGGAGAUCCUUCUCGACGACAUCGCCCGCACGCUCAACGCCUCCGUCGUCGCUCUGCCCGGCAGCCCGGAUGAGUCCGCGCGCGCCUCCUACUCGAUGCAUCGUCCGGCUCCGUCCAUGGAUCCCCCCUACCAGAACACGAGAUACCACACCCCGAGACCCCUGCGUGGUCACGUCCCCGUCGAUAUCAACCAACUUCGCAUCGAUGACCCCGUCCACUCCAGUCGCGGGUCCAGAGAGGUCUCGACUCCAUACCGCGGGUUACCGCCUAUUCUCACCCCGCCUAGAAGCCUGGAAAGACAACUUGCUUAGCCUUGCCCGUCACUUGACGAGACCAGGCGAGGCUGGUUUGCUUCACUCCACACCACACCACACAAGACAACCCACUACCUACUACCCAUCCACCUCUCCACCUCUCCACCUCCCUACCUCCCCCCCUACCCACAUUUUCAUUACUAUUACUAUUCCCCCUCCCCAUUGUCAUUCCUUAAUACUCCCUCUCUCGCUUUGACGUUUCCUAUGAUGAUUUUCCACGAGUGGCUAAGACAUAAUACCCCCUUUUGUAUCUGUUAUUUUCUUUUUUUUUUCGGUGUUUGCCGUCUAUCUAUCUAGCUAGCUAGCUAGCUAGCUAUCGGGUCUGAUCACGGCAGGGCGGCUGGCGGUUGACUACUACUUACUUACUCACUUAGUCCUCAUUCUUAUUAUAUACCAUACUCCAUACCCGCAUACAGAUACACAUAUCCGUGUGUUUCCUCUGAUCUAUCUAUCUAUCUAUCUAUCUAUCUACU